AUGCCCGGCGCGUGCGUCAGCGGCCUGAAAGACCUGAAGAACUGCGUCGAGGCGCAGCAGUUCGACCGCGCGAUGCUCGAGGAGCUCUUCGUCAUCGCGGACGCGAUGUCGGAGGUGAAGCCCGGCUCGCGCGAGUCCACGAUGCUCCAGGGAUUUCUCAUGAGCACGCUCUUCUACGAGCCGUCCACGCGCACGCGGCUGUCCUUUGAAGGCGCGAUGGGCAAGCUCGGCGGCGGGAUCUUAUCCACGGAGAGCGCGGGCGAGUACUCCUCCGCGGCGAAGGGCGAGACGCUCGAGGACACGAUACGCACGGUGGAGGGAUACGCCGACAUCGUCGUCCUCCGUCAUUUCACCGCCGGCGCGGCGAGGCGCGCGGCGGACGCCAUCGAGUCGCCCGUCAUCAACGCCGGCGAUGGGCCCGGGCAGCACCCGACGCAGGCGCUGCUCGACACGUAUACCAUCUACAACGAGCUCGGGCGGCUCGAUGACAUCAAGGUGGGGUUGGUCGGCGACCUCGCGAACGGGCGGACCGUUCGAUCGCUCGCGACGAUGCUCUGCAAUUUUGAAAACUUCGUCUUCGUCGCGCCCGAAGUGGUGAAGAUGAAGGACGACAUCAAAGCCGAGCUCGACGCCAACGGCGCGAAGUGGCGCGAGAGCGAGGACCUCCUCGGCGUCGCGAGCGAGGUGGACGUCCUGUAUCAGACGCGCAUCCAAAAAGAACGCUUCGGCGACCGGCUCGACGAGUACGAAGCCUGCCGCGGCGUCUACACCGUGGAUGAAAAAGUGAUGGCGGCGAUGAAGAAGACGUCGAUCGUGAUGCACCCGCUGCCGCGUCUGGACGAGAUCGCGCCCGAGUGCGACGCGGACCCGAGGGCGGCGUACUUCCGCCAGGCGAGGAACGGGCUGUUCAUUCGCAUGGCGCUGCUGAAAGUGCUCCUGAAGGUGUGA